UGUUGUGGCACUCCUGACUCACUUUUCCUGUCUCGCACACGAACGUACAUUUCCUCUUUUGAGGUCUUUGGGGAUUUAACCAUGUCGUAUGACCAGGACCUCUGUUACCUCUGCAAGGAAGACUUCAGGGACCCUGUUUCCAUCCCUUGCGGUCACAUUUUCUGCUCCCUCUGCAUCAAGACCUACUGGGAUCAUGCAGACCAGACUGGACAAUAUGUGUGUCCCCAGUGCAGGGUCACCUACAACAAGAGGCCCAGCCCACGCCGCCUUCAAUCCUCACGUUCAUCUUCAACACUGAGAAACUCAGAUGGCUUCCCACCAGCACCUCCGUCCCCCGACUACAACUAUGCGGGACCCCAAGACGUGGGAUGUGACAUCUGCAUCGGGAAGAAGCUCAAAGCUGUCAAGUCCUGCCUGAUGUGUUUGGCCUCCUACUGCGAGAAGCACCUGAAGCCCCAUUAUGAAUCGUCCACCUUCAAACGUCACAAGCUGGUGGAUGAAAUCGGACACUUGGAUCGUCAGAUCUGCCCUCAGCACCAGAAAGGUCUGGAGCUUUAUUGCCGAACGGACCAGAUGUGUAUCUGCGUUUUGUGUACCGUGAAGGAGCACAAGGGUCAUGACAUGGUGUCCGCUGAACAGGAAAGGGCGGAAAUGCAGCAACGGCUGGGCGCCACCCAAGCUGAGAUCCAGGAGAAAAUCCAUGAUCGAGUCAAGCAAAUGGAAGAGUUAAAACAGGCUGUGGAUUCUCUUAAGAAUUCAGCUCAACGGGCCUUGCAGGAAAGUGAAAAGAUGUUUGGCGACAUGCUUCGUUCCAUUGAAAGAAUGCAGCAGGAAAUGACCAAACUCAUCUCCACCAAUAAAAAGGCUGCACUAAACAAUGCUGAGGGCCACAUGGAGCGUCUGGGGCAAGAAAUUGCAGACUUGAAGAGGAGAGACGGUGAACUGACGCAACUCUCUCGCACCGAGGACCACAUCCACUUCAUCCAGAGUUAUCAUAUGCUGAUAGCCCAGACUGAUGCUGAGGAGCUGCCGUCUGUGACUGUGAACCCUUACUACUCCUUCGGCCCUGUUACCAAGGCUGUUUCUGAGAUGAAGCAGCAUCUAAAUGAGUUCAGCAAUGAAGAGCUGGUCAAAGUGGCAAAGACAGUGAACAAAAUGCCUUUCUGCCAGCUGGAGGAACGCAAGAAGAAAAAUGAGGAACGCAAGAAGAGUAUGAAGGCUGAUGAUGUUGACAUGUACAAGAGCCUCAGCAGCGCUCCCCGGACCAGGGACGAGUUCCUUCAGUAUGCCUGCCAGCUUACUCUGGACCCCGACACGGCUUACAGACAGAUCUACAUCUCCCGAAGCAACAGGAAAGCAGCAUUAAAGAAAGAUCCUCAAUCUUACAGCGAAAGCAACCAGAGAUUUGACUGCCUGCCUCAGGUUUUGUGCAAGGAGUCUCUUUCAGGAGGUGCGUAUUACUGGGAGGUGGAGUGGAGCGGUGAGGGAGCCUCCGUCGGUGUCACCUAUAAAGGCAUCAAGAGGACCGGUUAUGGAGACUCUGCUCGCAUCGGCUACAACCGCAAGUCCUGGAGCCUCUUCUGCUCCGACUCCAGCUACUCAGCCCGACACAACAAAGACCAGCUUGAGAUUAAAGCACCGUAUUCUUCCCGUAUCGGGGUCUUUCUGGACUGUGCAGGAGGCACUCUUUCUUUCUACACCGUGUCUGAGUCUAUGUCACUGAUUCAUCAGUUUAAAGCCUCUUUCAGUGAGCAGGUGUAUCCUGGUUUUUGGGUGUGGUACGAGUCUGCUGUUACUAUUUGUCAGCUGUAGAUGGUUAAAAUGGGAUAUGAGGGCAUUAUUUCCUUUUAAAUGAGUUUGUGUUUUUUAUUCUCUAUUUUAUGAGAGCCUGAUUCUUGUGAAGAUGAUUGGAGUGUAGUAAAACUGGUAGUCAUCAUCUAUGGCAUAUCAAAUAGCUAACAUGUUUAUAUUGAGUAUUUUUUUAAAGCGCAAAACAUCUAAAAAUUACGUUGAUUUUUUUUAAAUAAACUGUGAAGAAUGUUAUAGAUGAGUUAUAUUAUUGUUUUUAAAUCUAUUAUAUGUUCUGCCUUGUGUCCAUCUGUGUGAUUGUUCUGGUUGAUUAUUAUGAAGUUUAAUCUGGCUCAGAAAAAUGCAUUUUUACAGGUUAUGUAAUAUGUUUGAUUGAUGUGGGUCAUUUUGUUACCAUUAAUGAUAAUAAUAAAGUGUUCUUUGAGA